AUGCGUCUUGUUCUGUCUUUCCAAUACUUGUCAGGCUUUUUGCCGUUGGCAGCUUGCAUUUUGAGCCCUUUGCCAUCUGCAUAUGAAAAAGCAGCCGCUAAAUGGGCUUAUUUGUCAUACCAAAAUCCUUCACUGGCAGUUCUCCCCGGCCACUUCAAUCGCUCGGUGUUUGUUCCAUUUACCGAUAGUGAGGUUUCUGAUUCUUCGGUUGCCAAAGACCUGGACUAUGUUAACUCAACUGACUUUGUGGCCUACGAUGAAAAGUUCUUUGAUCUUCUUGGACCAGACGCAAAGAUCCGUCGAGUACAUGAACUCCCCUUCCAAACUCAUGAAGGACCAUGUUACAAUCCCGUAACUAAGGAUAUCUUCUUCAUUGAGUGGGGACCGCCUGGAGACAAUGAUGGAUUCCAUGAUUGGCAAUAUUUGUUGAACACAGAGACGCAUAAACUGCGUAAGAUCACAACAAAUCCUCCAAUUCACAAUGUUCAUGGAUGUGCGGUUCAUGACGGAGACUACUAUGUCAUCACUGACGGCAGCAGUAACGAGACUGCCUCUCUUAACAAGAUUACUCCUGAGCUGAAGAAGACUACUCUGCUCAACAAUUACUUUGGGCUACCAUUCCAGGGGUUCAAUGACAUCGAUGUCGAUGACGAGGGUAACUUCUGGAUAACUGAUGACCACUAUGGCUUUGGAGCUAGGGUUGUCAAAUACACGCCUCCAACACUGUCGACUGUUUAUUUCGUCAACAAAACCACACUUCGACCCCGACCUUUCCAUACCACCAACGGCCAAGCCAACGGCAUCACAUUCCACAAGGGACAAGACGGGAAAGGUACUGUUUACAUCUCCAACACAGCAGCAUCGCAGCCUGGACCCGCCCCUCACAAACUCAACUCUCUCGGUCCCCGAAAACUCACCUCGUUCGACGUGUCUUAUCCUGGAGCUAUUGUAUCGAACAAGAAGUUAGUGAGCGUUCCAAUCGCUUUUGUGUACGACGGAAUCAAAGUCUCCAAAAACGGCUGGGUGUUCGCUGGUUCUGGUAAUGGAGUGGAUGUGAUUGACCCGCGAACUGGUGAGGCUGUGGGGGUGAUUCGUGUGGGUGGCGGUGACUACAUUGCUGUCAAUGUGGUAUUUGUAGGAAAGGAACUGUGGAUUGUUGGAGCUGGAGGCAUUUGGCAAGUGACAGGCUUCAAGGAGACUCUGGCUAGAGGCUUUUAG